AUGUGGGACCCCAAUGCAUCGAUUUAAGAAAAAUAAAAAAUGGAGCAAUACAUGAAGGAGAAGAUUCUAGAAACAUUCAACCUAUUUGCUCAAGAUAAGAAGGGAUAUGUUGAUAAGAAGGAAAUUCCUUACAUCAUGAGAUUCUUAGGUAAAUUCCCUAGUGAAGCCUAAGUGAGCAAAACCAUUCUUCCAUAGAUUGAAGAGGACGAACCUAGUGAGUCAAUCAAAUAUUAAAAAUUUGAACCUUACAUGAUUCAAGUAUUAAAGACCAAUGAAUAUGAUCCAGAUGAUACAGAUACUCUAUUAGCAGCAUUUAGAUAAUUGGAUGAGGAAAAGAAGGGAUAUAUUGAAAUCGAUACAUUAAAAUAGAAACUUACUACGAUGGGAAUACAAUUUAGACCUCUAGAGAUUGAAGACUUUAUCAGAUUUGCAACAAAUGGAGAUCCUAAUGCAACUGUUAUUUAUUAUGAAGAUUAUAUUUUGAGAUUACAAUUCUUUAUUGAGAAACACAUGGAUUCCGUAACGAAAUAAUACAAUCCUGAAAAAUGAUUAUAUGUUUUAAGUAAUCAUUACCAUUAUUUUUUGUA